AUGUAUCAUCCAUUUGGAAAAGAGGAAGCUGCUUCAGAGAAGCAGCUCUUUGGAUUUUUCUGUGAAUGCUUGCGGCGGGGAGAAUGGGAGCUGGCACAGGCAUGUGUACCUCAGCUACAAGAGGGACGAGGGGAUAUCCCAAAGAGGGUGGAAGACAUACUUCAGGCACUGGUGGAGUGUCCAAAUCUGCUGAGAUGUGGGCAGGAUAUCAACCCUCAAAGAUUAGCCUGGGUCUGGCUUCUUGUACUAGAAAAAUGGUUAGCCCGAGAAAAGAAAUUGCUCCCAGCUGUUUUCCAGAGAAAGCUUGAGUUUCUUUUAUUGUCAGAAGACCUACAAGAUAGCAUUCCAGAGGACAUCUUCAAGGAGCUGUAUGAAGUCUUGGCACAAGACACAGUAGGCUCUGUGCCUGAUGGAAAUAGGAGACAGGAGAGCUGGACUCGGCUCAGCUCAAAAGCUGUCUCUGUGCUCUGGGAUCUUCUGAAGCAGGCUCCCCAGCCAGCACAGGCCCUGCUGGACCUCCUGCUUAGGGAAGACGAUGGCCCCAGUCUCUGUGGUUGGCCUCUGCAGAAGGCAUUGAUGGACCUCAUUCGAAAGUCAUUGCGGGCUUUACAGGGCCCUGAGGCUGGGCCACCUGGGAUAGCAGAUGCCAUCUAUGGAGCUCUGCGGACUCUGCGUUGCCCAGCAGAGUCGCUGGGGGUUGAGUUACGCCUCCUGUGUGAAGAACUGCUGGAGGCCUGCAGGACUGAGGGCAGUCCCCUGCAGGAGGAGCGGCUGCUCAACUGCCUGCUGCACAAGGCCGGACGGGGCCUUGUAUCCUUGUAUGGCCAUACCUAUGCAGAGAAAUCUACAGAAAAGCCACCAAGGGCCACAUCCUUAGGAAAAGUCUUACCUGAUCAUCUGGAUCCUGAGCGGGCAAUGCUAGCCCUGUUCUCCAAUCCUGAACCAGCCCAGGCUUGGAAAGUAGCCUAUUUCUACUGCCUGAGUAACAGCAAGCAUUUCCUAGAGCAGAUCCUGAUGACAGCACUAGCACUGUUGAAAGAGGAAGACUUCCCAAGUCUUGGCUGCCUGCUAGACAGAGAAUUCAAGCCUCUCCGUCGACUGCUCGUGCUCCUGGGCUGGACACACUGUCAGAGCCUAGAAUCAGCCAAGAGCCUACUCCAGACGCUCCAUAGGACCCAGGAUCAAGACUGUGAUAAGCUCCUCAAGGAUGCCUGUGAUGGGUUGUGGGCUCACCUGGAGGUCCUGGAGUGGUGUGUACAGCAGAGCAGCAGCCCAAUACCAAAGAGAGAUCUCUUGUGUCAUUUACAUGGUGGAGACAGCCACUCAGUGCUCUACUCUCUCCAUCACCUCACAAACCUCCCAGCCCUCAGGGAGGAAGAUGUUCUCAAGCUCUUACAGAAGGUGCCAGCCAAGGACCCCCAGCAAGAGCAUGAUUCAGCUGAUGCCCCAGUCCUUGACCAUCUGAGUCAGUGUCAGAACCUGACACUCUACCAAGGCUUCUGUGCCAUGAAGUAUGCCAUCUACGCCCUCUGUGUGAACUCACACCAGCACUACCAGUGCCUGGACUGCAGAGAGGGUCUCUCUGAGGACAUGGCCUCAGCCGCAGAGCCAGCAAAUGACUCUCUCUCCUCCCCAGGUGCUUCCAAUCUCUUCUCAACAUACCUGGCCAGGUGUCAACAGUACCUGUGCAGUAUUCCUGACUCUUUGUGCCUGGAGCUUCUAGAAAACAUCUUCUCAUUGCUCCUGAUCAGCUCUACCGAUCUUCACCCAGAGCCUCACCUGCCUGAGGACUAUGCUGAAGAUGAUGACAUUGAGGGGAAAUGCCCUUUGGGUUUGACAUCCCCAUCAGAGAGCCCUCAGCACAUAGCUCAGCCUGAGAGGAAGUCAGAACAGAGUUCCCUGGAAGUCCCCAGGAGCCUUGCUUAUACACUUGCAAGCUGUCUGAAGGCAGAGCCAAAAGACAGCUACCCAAGAUCUCACAGGCACAGCUUUUUGGACUUAAAGCACUUUACUAGUGGUAUCAGUGGAUUCCUGGCUGAUGAAUUUGCAAUGGGGGCUUUCCUCAGACUUCUCCAGGAGCAGCUGGAUAAGAUCAGCAGCCAUGGCCCCGCUGAGAAGCCAAAGCUGCCAGAAGGCCAGAGCUGCCCAGGAAGCAGAGAUGGACAACAGAGCCGCCUGCACCGAUUUUCCAAAGUUCUCUCUGAGGCCCAGUGGAGAUAUAAGGUGGUAACAAGCAACCAGGGCUCAGAGGAGCAUCUGACACCUUCCCAAAGAUUUCGGCCCAUUGCCACACGGCACCCCAGUCUCCGCCGGGGUCGUCGGACAAGAAAGAGUCGGGCAGAUGGCCGAGACAGAGGUUCAAACCCAUCCCUGGAAAGUACAAGUAGUGAACUGAGCACAAGCACUUCAGAAGGAAGUCUGAGCACUGUGUCUGGGCGGAAUGAGCUAGAAGGCCGGUUGCAACCCCAACCUCAGAGUUCACUCCUCCCCAUGAUGUUCUCCCCACCUGAGUCACUGCUGGCCUCCUGCAUCCUCCGGGGGAACUUUGCAGAAGCCCAUCAGGUGGUGUUCAUGUUCAACCUGAAAUCUUCACCCAGCUCAGGAGAACUGAUGUUCAUGGAGCGCUACCAGGAGGUAAUCCAGGAGCUGGCCCGAGUAGAGCACAAGAUUGAAAACCAGAACUCAGAUGGGGGUAGCGGCACCAUUCGGAGAACUGGUAGUGGCCGCUCAACUCUACAGGCCAUUGGCAGCGCUGCCGCAGCAGGGAUGGUAUUUUACUCUAUCUCUGAUGUGACUGACAAGCUACUCAGCACCUCUGGAGACCCCAUCCCCACACUCCAGGAAGACUUUUGGAUAAGCAGUACCCUGGCAGAGCCCACUGCUCCCCUGAGAGAGGUUCUGGAAGACCUCAGUCCCCCUGCCAUGGCUGCAUUUGACCUAGCUUGCUCUCAGUGCCAGCUGUGGAAAACCUGCAAGCAGCUCUUGGAAACGGCUGAACGGCGCCUGAACAGUAGCCUUGAGAGCCGAGGUCGACGGCUAGAUCAUAUACUCCUGCAUACUGAUGGCAUUCGAGGUUUUCCAGUUGUUCUUCAGCAAAUCAGUAAGAUUCUCAAUUAUCUGCUUAUUUCGUCUGGACAAACUAAAUCAGAGACUGUAGAAGAUAAAGGAGGACCUCCACGGUGCAGCGUCGCUGAGCUUCUUCAGUCGUGCUGGCCCAGCCUGACUGAGGACUGUGUUGCCAGCCAGGCCACCCUCUCCCAGCAGCUAGAGCAGACCCUUCAGUCACUGAGAGAAGCACUAGAGCUGCCAGAGCCCAGGAGCACACCACUUUUGUCCCUGGUGGAGCAGGCAGCCCAGAAAACUCCUGAGGCAGAGACUCACCCUGUCUACAUCCAGACUCAGCUCCUCCAGAAGAACCUGGGCAAACAGACCCCUGCAGACAGCAGGCAAAAUGAUUACAUGGGCACCUUCUUCAGUUACUGCAGCACCCUAGCUGCAGUUCUCCUUCGGAGUCUGAGCUCUGAGCCUGAUCAUGUGGAGGUCAAGGUAGGAAAUCCCUUUGUUCUCCUGCAACAGAGCUCUUCACAACUGGUGUCACACCUCCUUCUUGAGAGACAAGUUCCCCCAGACAGACUGGCAGCACUUCUGGCCCGAGAAGGGCUCAGCCUGAGCGUGCCACAGGUCAUCAUCAACUGCUGCUGCAAGCCCCUUGCCCUCUGCUCUGCCCAGCAAAGCCAGCAGACCGCAUCCCUUCUUACCCAGCUGGGAAUCCUGGCCCACUUGCACGUCUCCCACUGCCUGGAUGACCUCCCACUUCCUACGCUGAGCCCAUCAAGGCCAACUGAGAAUCCCACAUUGGAGAGAAAGUCCUGCUCCUCUCCAGGGGAUUCAUCACCCCCGGCCCUCACCUCCUCUACCUUGGCCUUCCUCAAGUCUCGCUCAAAGCUACUGGCUACAGUGGCCUGCCUGGGGGCUUUCCGGGGGUCAAAGGUCACCAAACCCAGCCUGUCCUGGAAGGAGCUUCGUGGCCGCAGGGAGGUUCCUCUGACUGCAGAGCAGGUGGCCCGGGAGUGUGAGCGCCUCCUGGAACAGUUCCCUAUGCUUGAGGCCUCCCUCCUGGCUGCCUGGGAGCCCCUGCGAGGGUCUUCCGAGCAGGAGCAGAGUCUGCCAGUAGGUCUUUGUGGUCAGGCCAGUCUCUCUACUGUCCUCCUGGGCCUGCAUUCUCCCCUUGCCCUGGAUGUGCUGACUGAGGCCUUCAAGGAAGCACUGGUAGCCAGAGAUUGGCUCCGGGCCCUGCAGGUCACUGAAGUGUACGGGCGAGAUGUGGAUGAGUUGAGCAGCAUAAAGGAUGCAGUCCUGAGCUGUGCUGCAGCAUGUGACAAAGAAGGAUGGCAGUACCUGUUUGCCGUGAAGGAUGCAUCUCUGAGAAGUCAGCUAACCCUACGGUUUGUGGACAGGUGGCCUCUGGAGCCGUGCCUGGAGGUCCUGGCCUACUGCAUUUCAGAUCCAACUGUCCAAGAAGGACUAAAGUGUGAGCUGCAGAGAAAGCUGGUAGAGCUGCGGGUGUAUCAGAAGAUUCUAGGUUUGCAGCCUACCCCAGCAUGGUGUGACUGGCAGAACCUGAGGAGCUGUUGUGUUGAAGACCCUACAACUGUCAUGAACACAAUUCUAGAAGCAAAGGAGUAUGGGCUAUGUGAGGAAUGGGGCUGCCUAUACCCCAUUCCAAGAGGACAUUUAAUCAGCCUACAUCAAAAGCAUCUUCUCCACCUUCUAGAAGGAGGAGAUCCUGAAAAGGCUCUGCAACUCCUGCAAAGAAUCCCUGACCCCACCAUGUGCCUUGAAGUCACAGAGCAGUGCCUCGACCAGCAUCCUAGCCUGGCCACCUCUCACUUCUUGGCCAAUUACCUCACCACCCACUUCUAUGGAGAACUGACUGCUGCCCGACACCAUGAAAUCCAGGCCCUGUACGUGGGAUCUAAGGUUCUGCUGUCCCUGCCUGAGCAGCACCGGGCCAGCUAUUCCCACUUGUCCUCUAACCCCCUGCUCAUGCUGGAGCAACUGCUUAUGAACAUGAAAGUGGAUUGGGCUACUGUGGCUGUGCAGACUCUGCACCAGUUGCUGGCCAGCCAGGAGAUCGGCUUCAGCAUGGAUGAGGUUGACUCGCUGCUUUCCAGAUAUGCUGGAAAAGCCCUCGACUUCCCAUACCCUCUGAGGGAGAAACGAUCAGAUUCUGUGAUUCACCUCCAGGAAACUGUCAAUCAGAUUUCAGACCCCGAGACCUUGUCUAGAUCACCAUCAGCGGAGUUCUCUUCUGCCACGCCUCCUGGUAUCUCCAUUGUACAUUCCCCAAACCCAAGAGAGAGAAGUUUACCACAGAGUCAUCCCCCGCUGGAAUUUGUGCCCCCAGUGACACCCCCUGCCAGGCACCAGUGGGUACCUGAUGAGAUAGAGAACAUCUGCAUGGUCUGCCGCAGGGAGCGCUUCACCAUGUUUAACCGGCGUCAUCACUGUCGCCGCUGUGGCCGGCUGGUAUGUAAUUCCUGUUCCACUAAGAAGAUGGCAGUGGAAGGCUGCCGAGAGAAUCCUGCUCGUGUGUGCGACCAGUGCUACAGUUACUACAGCAAAGAUGUCCCAGAGGAGAGUCCAGGACAAUCAGAAGCUCCAGACAGCCCCAAGAAUGAAAGCCUUCCAUACUCAGCUGUGGUGAGAGUCCCCAAAGCAGCUGAGCUGGAAUGGACUUUGGAUCUGAAUGAGGAGGAAAAUGAAUUGGUGCGGAGUGAAUUUUACUAUGAGCAGGCUCCCAGCGCCUCCUUGUGCAUUGCCAUCCUGAACCUGCACCAGGACAACAUUGCCUGUGGCCACCAGCUGAUUGACCACUGCUGCAGGCUGUCCCAGGGCCUCACCAACCCAGAGGUAGAUGCAGGGCUGCUCACAGACAUCAUGAAGCAGCUGCUUUUCAGCGCCAAGAUGAUGUUUGUCAAGGCUGGCCGGAGCCAGGACUUGGCUCUUUGUGACAGCUACAUCAGCAAGGUAGACGUACUGAAUAUUUUAGUAGCUGCUGCCUAUCGUCAUGUGCCAUCUCUGGAUCAGAUCUUGCAGCCUGCUGCAGUAACCAGGCUAAGGAACCAGCUUCUGGAAGCAGAAUACUACCAACUGGGCGUUGAGGUCUCCACAAAGACUGGGCUUGAUACCACCGGAGCGUGGCAUGCUUGGGGCAUGGCCUGCCUCAAAGCUGGGGACCUCACCGCCGCACGGGAGAAGUUCAGCCGCUGUCUGAAGCCUCCUUUUGACCUUAAUCAGCUGAGUCAUGGCUCAAGGCUGGUACAGGAGGUGGUUGAGUACCUGGAAACCACUGUCAGGCCCCUGAUGUCCUUGCAAGAUGAUGAUUACUUUGCCACCUUGAGGGAGCUGGAAGCUACUCUUCGGACCCAGAGCCUCUCUCUGGAGGUGAUUCCUGAGGGGAAGAUCAUGCACAACACUUACUACCAAGAAUGCCUCUUCUAUCUGCAUAGCUAUAGCACCAACCUGGCCAUCAUCAGCUUCUACGUGAGGCACAACUGCCUGCGGGAAGCCCUGCUGCACCUGCUCAACAAGGAGAGUCCUCCAGAAGUCUUCAUAGAAGGUAUUUUCCAGCCAAGCUAUAAAAGUGGAAAGCUACAUACUUUGGAAAACUUGCUAGAAUCCAUUGAUCCAACCUUGGAGAGCUGGGGGAAGUACUUGAUUGCUGCCUGUCAACAUUUACAGAAGAAGAACUACUACCACAUUCUGUACGAGCUGCAGCAGUUUAUGAAGGACCAAGUCCGAGCUGCCAUGACCUGUAUUCGGUUCUUCAGUCACAAAGCAAAGACGUAUACAGAACUAGGAGAGAAGCUCUCAUGGCUGCUUAAGGCCAAGGACCAUCUGAAGAUCUAUCUCCAAGAAACAUCCCGCAGCAGUGGAAAGAAGAAAACCACCUUCUUCCAAAAGAAGAUGACUGCAGCUGAUGUGUCAAGGCACAUCAAUACACUUCAGCUGCAGGUGGAAGUGACCAGGUUCUUACAUCGGUGUGAAAGUGCCGGAACCUCUCAAAGCACCACCUUGCCUCUGCCAACCCUGUUUGGAAAUAAUCACAUGAAAAUGGACGUUGCCUGCAAGGUCAUGCUAGGAGGGAAAAAUGUCGAAGAUGGCUUUGGAAUGGCAUUCCGUGUUCUGCAGGACUUCCAGCUGGAUGCUGCCACCACCUACUGCAGAGCUGCCCGGCAGCUGGUGGAGAGGGAGAAAUACAGUGAGAUCCGGCAACUACUCAAGUGUGUCAGUGAGUCCGGCAUGGCAGCCAGAAGUGAUGGGGACACCAUCCUCCUCAACUGCCUAGAAGCAUUCAAGAGAAUCCCACCCCAGGAGCUAGAGGGCCUGAUCCAGGCGAUACACAACGAUGACAACAAGGUUCGGGCCUACCUGACAUGUUGCAAACUGCGUUCUGCCUACCUGAUUGCCGUGAAGCAAGAACACUCACGGGCCACCGCCCUUGUCCAGCAGGUGCAGCAGGCUGCCGAGAGCAGCGGGGAUGCAGUGGUGCAAGAUAUCUGUGCCCAGUGGCUUCUGACUAGCCACAGCCGGGGUGCCCACAGCUCAGGCUCCAGGAAGUGACCCUGGGCAGAGGGACCAGCAAAGCACAGUCUGAGAACUGUGGCGAGGGGGGUGAUGCUAGUGCCCCCCAUUUCUUUCCUCCCAUGGAGUGGGACUUCCGUGGCUCUGCCCCAAGUUGGAUAAAGCUGGACUGGUUGCUGCCAGCCACGUUGGGCAAGGGCAGGACCUUUCACACAAG